UAUUGCAAUCGCAAUGGUAGCCUUCUUCUUGCAACGCUGUCUCCUUUUGUCCGCGAUCACGCUACUGAAGUAUCUUCUCAUAAGUUCUGCAUUGAGAAUAAGAGCAAACAGCUAUAGUAUUUGUAUUGUAGGUUGUGAAAAAAAUUACAAAUGAAAGUAUAGUGGGGCUAAUUUAUUUAAAGUUGAAAAUUAUGCUGAGUGUUUGUCAAAGCUUAUUAUUUUGAGUUAUCAAAAUGAAUUUGCAAACCAUUUUUCGAGACUUCAACCCCAGCAAAUUUAUAGUGCAUUCUUCGUUGAUGGUGUUCACUGCUCUAUUUGCUUUACGACUGGAUGGUACUAUUAACUGGAGUUACUGGACUGUUUUCUCGCCAAUAUGGUUCUGGAAAUUCAUGGUCAUAGCUGGAGCCACAGUUGGCAGCUACGUUUGGUGGCGAUACCCGCAUUUCAGGUUGGAAGGUGAGGCCUACAUCCAUUACAAAGCAAUGCUUGUCAGUUUAGCCCAGCAUCUAAUUCUUCUGAGGUUCGAAUUGCUAGUUUGCAAUAAACUUCAAUCAGGUCAUCAUUCAUGGAUACUAGUGUUUAUUCCAUUGAUCUUUUUAUCCAUAGUUUCAAUAGCAGUUUGCAUUUGGGCAGUGAAACAUGAUCGAUCCUUCGAGUUGGAACUGUUCUGUGCAGUGAACAUGCUACAGUUCAUUUUUUUAUCACUUCGCCUGGAUGGUUUCACUUCGUGGAGUUGGGUAGUGGUAUUUGUGCCAUUGUGGAUUGUCAUGUGCUUGAGUUUGGUUGGUUUGUUUUACAUCAUUAUAUAUGCUCUGUUCCGCACACAACAAUUGAACGCCAGAUUAAGAAAGAUGUGGUUCAAUUUAGCUCUCGCCUACACACUGCUAGUUGUUCCUGUUUUAGUCUUCCUGGUGCUUCUGACAAAUAAGUUGGACGGUGACAUAUCUAUGAAUUACAGUGGAGUUGUUUCGCCUUUGUUUGUAUCCUACGUUACUUUGUUACUCUUGACGUUUAGCGCGAAAGGGGGCAACAAAUGGUGGUUUGGGAUCAGGAAGGACUUCUCUCAGUUCUUGCAGGAGUAUGCCAACAUGGCGUAUUCGACCGGAAGAGCAUCCGAACAGAAUGAUGGGAGCAGCUCAAGCAAUAACGCAUCGCAACAACCAAUCAUCAAAGAGAAAAAUCACAAGAAAAGUGACCUCAUGAAACCAGUGGUACCUGUUAUAUCGAUAGAGAUGCCUGACUAACCCUAUAAAAUGUGUGCACUAUCAGCAUUGUAAAUAGGUAGUUGAUCUUAACAAAAAAUGUAAGCUGUGAAAUAUUAUGUGAAUGUCGUGUAUUGUUGACUCUCUCAGUUCUAGUUCAGGUAGUUUAGAAAAUGUUCUUGUGAUAUUACUAAGCUAAUGAAAAUGGAUGUUAGAGCUGUGAUAAAAAUUAUUUGCUCACUGAUAUACUCACUGGUGAUAAUAUAAGUAAUCGCAAUUAUAAGGUAGGGUUUGCUUGUCAUGUUCUAUACCCAAAUUAUUUAUGGAUUAUUUCGGAUUGGUCCAUCGGAAAAUAUUAAUGUUAUUGCAAACCCUGAAUGUCACUCUGCUUUCCCACGAUACUCUCAUGCCGAACCUUCAGUAUAGGCUGUAAAUUGCCCAAUCUCAGUUGACAUAUUUAAAAUUACAAACGUUGUGAAUUUAACAAACUUUCCUACUUAGCCUAUAUAUUUUUCUAUGUAAUAAAAUGGAUUCUAUUAUGUAAUAGACCAAAUUACCUAAUUAAUCCACCAAAGAGAAUGGUAUUUUACAACACAAAAUUUAUCCCGGUGCAAAGCACCCGUUGUUCAAUCAAACAUUUUAAAUAUAAUUAGCAAACAACAUAAAAUGAAAUGUUUUGAACUUUCCUCUUUAUUCAAAGUAGAAAUGAGAGCUCAAGAAAUUUGUUUUUAAUCAGGUCAGUCAGUCCUUUUUUUAAUUUAUUCUCAGGAAUUGAACUAUGAUAGAAUUACAUUAGUGUAACUUGAUUUUUCUUUU